CCCGUGUCUCGGUCACAUCCGGUCGUAUAAAUGUUGCCACGAGUUAGCGGUGAAUUUGGAGAGAAUCCAUUUUGAGCAGCGGAUCCGUGUCCCGGUUUAUUCAUAUAAAUCCAGAUCAGAAUGGCAGACGCUGAGAACCUGUUCAUGGAGACGUCGGAGCAGAACGGCGAGGGGGACGAGGACCAGAACGGCGCCGAGCUGAUGGCAGGCGAUGACGGGCAGGACACAGACGGCGGCAAGAUCGACGCCAGCAAAGGAGAGGAGGAUGCUGGUAAAAUGUUUGUUGGAGGCCUCAGCUGGGACACGAGUAAAAAGGACCUGAAGGAUUACUUCACUAAGUUCGGAGAAGUGUCGGACUGCACCAUCAAGAUGGACUCCAACACGGGCCGGUCCCGGGGCUUCGGCUUCGUCCUCUUCAAAGACUCGUCCAGCGUGGACAAAGUGCUGGAGCAGAGGGAACACAGGCUGGACGGACGUCAGAUCGACCCCAAGAGGGCGAUGGCCAUGAAGAAGGAGCCCGUCAAGAAGAUCUUUGUCGGGGGGUUGAACCCUGAAGCAACCGAGGACUCGAUUAGAGAAUAUUUUGUUACCUUUGGAGAGAUCGAAACCAUCGAGCUUCCCAUCGACCCCAAGUCGAAGAAGAGGAGGGGUUUCAUCUUCAUCACGUAYAAAGACGAGGCCAGCGUGAAGAAGUGUCUGGAGAAGAAGUAUCACACCAUCCAGGGGGGCAGGUGUGAGCUGAAGAUCGCACAGCCCAAGGAGGUGUACCAGCAGCAGCAGCAGCAGUUCGGAGGAGGACGUGGAGGAGGGGGAGGAUACGCAGUCCGGGGAGGAGGAAGAGGAGGACGUGGAGGUCAGAACCAGGGCUGGAACCAGGGCUACGGGAACUACUGGAACCAGGGCUACGGCAACCAGGGCUACGGUUACGGUGGAUACGGUGGCUACGGCGGCUACGACUACUCCUCUGGAUACUAUGGAUACGGCUCUGGAUACGACUACAGCCAGGGAAACGCCAGCUAUGGAAAGACCCCGAGGCGGGGGGCACACCAGACCAGCUACAAGCCUUACUGAUGAUCACCAGGACUCCAGUGAUCCAGUGGGACCAGCAGCUGGAUGGACAAACUGGGCCUCACUACAGCUCUUUUAUGACAGAAGACCAUUUGUACAGAAAACAUCUGAUAUGUAACUUUUCCAUGUUUGUUUGUUUKUUUCUUUUUUUAACGUCAUGAUUUUUCAGUUUUAAUUUUUUUUCUGUUGUUUUUCUCUUCCCCUCCACAUUUCCACAGGAAGUGUAAUUUUUACUGUACUUUUUGGUACCUGUUUGAUUCUAAUGUAUUGUAAGGGUUGUAUUUUACAUGUUGACUGGCUUUACAGGAUGAAAAUCGAGGCGCUGUAAAGAAGCUUUUCUUUUUUUGUUUUUUGUGGGCAAAGCCGUUUUUAUUUUAUUUUUUCUGUAAGUUUUUGUUGUUUUAAAGCUGACCUUUUCAGGGGGGGAGGGAGGGGGGGGACUCAAACCUUUUUAUCGAACAGGAUUAGGGUGAAAUGUUUAGGUUUUAUUUUGAUCUUAGAGCCCUGCGAGCUUUGUGCCACAAUCAUUGCAAACAUUAAACUUCCCGGUGAGGUGGGCGACUGUWGGCCUGCAGGUGUUUAGGAUGUAACGUUUAACCGACUGUUUCUGUUAAAGUAUUUAAUUACUGCUGGUUUUAAAAUGUCUGUUAUUGAUUUUUUUUUUUAAACAGAUUUGAUUUCUUCAUUGUAGUCUUCUUGGCCGGUGUCUCUGGCAUUUAUUAGUAAUAAACAUUCACAUUUGUUACAAAAA